AGACUUCUGCUAAUCGAAGACCAGGGUACUGGAUUUAGAGCGCUGGCUACACGGGGCAGAAACCGUGUCGAGCGCACUCGAAGGAAGAACACAGAGGAAGAAGGUCAGCGAGUCGAGAAGCCGAGCUACGCGAAAAUAUCAGAACAUUUUCUGGAAAAAAAUCACAGCUUAGAAAACUUGUACAUAUAUUUAUAAGACUGUCGGUUUACUAUAGCUUUCAUUUGACAGAAUGGCAGCAGACUGGUUGGGCAGCCUUGUUUCAAUCAACUGUGGGGUGACUUUAGGAGUAUACCAAGGAGAGGUCUCCUCAGUUGAUCAGUCCAGCCAAACCAUCUCCCUCAGACAGCCGUUUCACAAUGGAGUCAAGUGUCCAGUGCCUGAGGUCACUUUCAGUGCUAUGGACAUCAAAGAACUCAAAAUCUUGGAAAUCCGUAAUGGCUCCAAUGGAGUCACAAAGCGGAGUGUUCCUGACACAAACUCCUCCUCAUUUGGCUACAAUGGACGCAAGGACAAGGGAGGGGGUUGUGCCCAGGUCAACAGUGCUCCCGUGACCGUGCCGAGUAAAGCCGAACCCAGACUCCAGGAGGGGGGAAUGUCUCCUGCACAGCACUAUUCCAAAAGCUAUGGAGAGCGCCAUGUAGACAUGGCGGGCCAGAAUAAAGGGUUCAGACGAAGACACAAUUCUUGGUCCUCUAGCAGUAGGGGUCCAAAUCAAGCCACCCCGAAGAAGAACGGGUCUAAGAAUGGUCAGAUGAAGAAUAAAGACGAUGAAUGUUUUGGUGACGGCAUGGAUGAUGUCCUUGAUGAGGACUUUGACUUUGAGGGCAACUUGGCUCUCUUUGAUAAAGCAGCUGUCUUCUCACAGAUUGAGUCGUCAGAUCGGCGAGGAAAUGGUGCCCGGUCACGGGGAACUCCUGCAGAGCAGACGCCCUCACGCUACCGCCAUGACGAGAACAUUCUAGAAGCCAAGCCUGUCGUCUACCGGCAGAUCACUGUGCCUCAGCCUGGGACAAAUGAAUAUAGCACUGACUCGGGGCUGGUGGUCCCCAGUAUUUCAUACGAGUUGCACAAGCGCUUGCUAAGUGUGGCAGAAAGUUAUGGUCUCUCUCUGGAGCGCAGGCUGGAGAUGACUGGUGUGUGUGCAAGCCAGAUGGCACUUACACUGCUCGGAGGCCCAAACAGGUUGACCCCUAAGAAUGUACAUCAGCGGCCAACUGUGGCGCUGCUUUGUGGGCCACAUGUACAGGGAGCUCAGGGAAUCAGCUGCGGCCGCCACCUGGCCAACCAUGAAGUGGAAGUUGUCCUCUUCCUCCCUAACUUUGUCAAAAUGCUGGAAGCUAUCACCAGUGAAUUAACACUGUUCAGCAAAACGAGUGGAAAGCAAGUUUCCAGCAUCAAAGACUUACCAGAUACCCCAGUGGACCUGGUCAUAAACUGCCUCGACUCUCAUGAGAACACUUUUCUGAGGGACCAGCCGUGGUACCGCGCUGCUGCUGACUGGGCUAACCAGAACAGAGCCCCUGUGCUGAGUAUAGAUCCUCCAGUGAACGGGCAGGAGCAGGCUGUAGAGGCUAAGUGGUCUCUGUCCCUGGGGCUUCCACUUUCUCUACCUGAGAGAGCAGGCCGUGUCUACCUGUGUGACAUUGGCCUUCCCCGGCAAGUAUUUCAGGAAGUGGGCAUCAAGUACCACUCCCCCUUCGGCUGUAAGUUCGUUAUCCCACUGCACUCAGCAUAAGCAGACUGUAGCCCUCAUCCGUGACCUCUUCUGUCAGGGUAAAGGGUCAUUGAGCCAGAACCUGCCUUAAAUUCCUUUUCUUUUUUUAUUUUCCAAGCUGGUGAACAGAGGUAAGUUGCAAUGCCUUGCAAUGAUUAAGCUCCAUUAUGGUACUGAAUCCAGCAUGUGAUUUUCUUUG